UUCUAGGUAAGCUUUAAUAUCCAAAAACACACAAAAAAAGUAAAAUACAACCCAAAAAGAAGUACUCUUAUUAAACUAAAACUAAAUCUCUCACAUGGUUGCAUCCUAGAAAUUCCCUUCAUCAUCAUCAAUAUCUUUUCCCCAUAAUUGAUAAUUUCCCUUUCUUUUCUAAAAAAUUUUCAUAUACAUUUAUGUGAAUCCCAAAUAUUCAAUCAUCUUCUUUACCAAUUUCACAAUAUAAACUAAAAUUAAUCAUAAAUGUCUUGGCUUACAAACCCCUUUAAAUCCCUUCAACUUUUUGAUGAAGAACAAGGAAAUUCACCAAAUAAUCCCAUUUCUCCUACCAUUGGAGUUAAAGAAGAUAUAUCAGCAAUUGGGAGACAAUUAAUCAGCUUUAUAUCGCCAGAAACUCCUUCAAAUUCCGGUGAAUCUUCUAGAACAUUUGAGGGUAUUAGAAAUGAUUUGGAAGAAAUCAAGGGGACCUUUAAAUCGUCCCUUUCUCUUAUUUCUAGUAAUAGGGCAGUUUCUGAAAUUUCUAAACUUGCUUCCAAUUUUCUUCAAUUUAAUGAUGAAAAUGAUGUUGAUUUUGUGAAUAGAAAUAUGGGUGGUAAUAUGAUUAAAAAGAAUGAUGAUGGCGAUGAUGAUGGCAAUGAUGAUGAUGAUGAUGAUGAUGAUGAUGGUGUUGGGAUUAAUGAUGGAGUAAUUCAGUUUGCUCAACAGAUUUCUAACCGCCCUGAACUUUGGACUGAAUUUCCAUUGUCACUUGAUGAUUAUGACUUCGAUAUCUCAGAAGUUCAGUAUGAGCAUGCCUCAAUUAUCGAGCAGCUGGUUCCAAGUCUUGCUGAUCUCAGAAGCAGAAUUAGCAGUCACAUGAAUGACAAGAAGUUCUGGAUGAUAUAUUUUAUUUUAUUGCUUCCAAGGUUAAACGAGGAGGACUCGGAACUUCUUUCAACUCUUGAGACUGUUGAAGCAAGAGAGACAUUACUGAAGAUGCUUCGAGCCAAGAAGAACGAGGAAAUCAAUUCUGAGAAUCCAACUUCUGACUCAGACAGUGAAGUUCAUGACAAGCCAAUAAUCAAUAACCGAUCUCUCGAAAACGUACGGACAUCAAAGAUUUCAAUUGCUUCGAGAAGUGUAAAAAGCGAUGCUAAGCCCGAAAGUGAUAGCUGGAAAGAAAAACGUGUUAUUACAGGUACUUCUGCUGGUACUCUAAAGGAAAUUCAAAUUGAAGACGAUGUCUCGUUCAGUGAUCUUGAAGAUGAGGGUAGCGAUCUCCCUAAUAGACGAUCAAGCUCAAGGCCAUCUCAGCUAACGGCGACUUCUUCGCCUGAAGGGUCCAAUGAAUGGGUUCAAUUGAAUAGUAUUGUCAAAGCUAGAGGCAGUCAAGUAAAAGGUCAAUCAAGUUUGAGAGAACGAGAUUCCGAGGGUGAGGACUCGACUGGUUGGCUUACAGUCGAUGAUUUUGAACCUUGAUAUGUGCUAAACAACUGGAUCCUUGUGAAGUCUUUCUUUUUAUUUUUUCUUUCAUUCUGUUGGUCGCUUCGAAUAUUGUUCUGCGAAAUAUCCGUGUUUAUAUGAAUCAAAGAUGAACACAUCCACGUCUCUUUAUGCUGAUGGUAUGCUUUGUUUGGGUCUGAUGUGUAUAUAUUUUUUGCCUUAUUUCAUAUGAACUGCUGAACUGAUGCUCGAUUGCCAGUUCUUGGUUUUAUGUGAGCUCAGCUGAACUUGAUAUCGGAGUUCUGGACGAUAGCUGAGAUGACAAUAGCUGUUACGAUGGUCAUAGGUUGGGUCCAGCUGGACUCGGACCCAGACCCAUUAAUUUUGGGUAAGCUAAGACUAGGACCCAGACCCUUAGUGUCUGAAAAUUUUGAAUAGUAUUCAGACCCGUUGGGUUUGAUGGAUAUAGGGUCCUUAUUGGUCUUAAUUUAUUUAUUCAUACUUAAACUUUUAUACAUUUAAAGGGCUUUAUAAGUACUAAAAUGGGUUUAUGAGUUCUAUAUGAGUAUAUUAAAUAUAAAAAUAAGUUUAGAGCGAAUUUAAAAAUGAUUUUGGAUUAUAUAAUAGGUCGGAUUUACAGCGUAUCUAACGAGUUAGGGACAGGUCUAGCUGGUCUAGGUCU